CCGCCUCGCUGCGCCCGCCUCCCGCACCCUGCGGCGGCCGCGGCGCGGCGCGGAGCGGAGCCGGCAUGGGCGGGCAGCGCUGAGCGCGCGGGCAGCGGAGCCAUGAGCCGAGGGCGGGCGGGCGGCGUGGCCGUGGCCGUGCCCGUGGUGCUGAACGUGGGCGGCACGCGGUACUCGCUGUCCCGCGAGGUGCUGAAGGACCUGCCGCUGCGGCGCCUGAGCCGCCUGCACGCCUGCCGCUCGGCGCGGGACGCGCUGGAGCUGUGCGACGACUACGACGGCGAGCGCAACGAGUACUUCUUCGACCGGCACGCCGAGGCCUUCGGCUUCCUGCUGCUCUACGUGCGCCACGGCCACCUGCGCUUCGCGCCGCACAUGUGCGAGCUCUCCUUCUACAACGAGAUGCUGUACUGGGGGCUGGACGGCUCGCACCUCGACUACUGCUGCCAGCGCCGCCUGGACGACCGCAUGUCCGACACCUACACCUUCUGCUCGGCCGAGGAGCAGCCCCCCGCCGGCCCGGCCCCGGCCCCGGCCCCCGACGGCUGGCUGGACAGGAUGCGCCGCACCUUCGAGGAGCCCGCGUCCUCGCUGGCGGCGCAGAUCCUGGCCACUGUCUCCAUCCUCUUCGUCAUCGUGUCCAUGGUGGUGCUGUGCGCCAGCACGCUGCCCGACUGGCGGGCGGCCGAGAACCGCAGCGUGGAGGAGCACAGCAGGUACACAGCAGAGUCAGUGAGGGAGCCCUCCGGGAUAAUUGAAGCUAUCUGCAUAGGCUGGUUCACUGCAGAAUGUAUUGUGAGGUUCAUCAUCUCCAAAAACAAGUGUGAGUUUGUCAAAAGACCCUUGAAUGUCAUUGAUUUGCUGGCAAUCACUCCUUACUAUAUCUCUGUGCUAAUGACAGUUUUUACAGGGGAAAAUUCUCAGCUCCAGAGAGCAGGAGUCACUUUGAGGGUCCUUAGAAUGAUGAGGAUUUUUUGGGUGAUUAAACUUGCCCGACACUUCAUAGGCCUUCAAACGCUUGGUCUGACUCUGAAGCGUUGUUACAGAGAGAUGGUUAUGCUACUUGUAUUUAUCUGUGUUGCUAUGGCAAUUUUUAGUGCACUUUCCCAACUCCUUGAAAAUGGGCUGGACUUGGGAACAAAGAAUAAAGACUAUGCCAGCAUUCCCGCUGCCUGCUGGUGGGUAAUAAUUUCUAUGACCACAGUUGGGUAUGGCGACAUGUGCCCUAUCACUGUACCAGGAAGGAUUCUUGGUGGAAUUUGUGUGGUUAGUGGAAUUGUUUUAUUAGCCUUGCCAAUUACUUUCAUUUAUCAUAGCUUUGUGCAGUGUUAUCACGAGCUCAAGUUCCGAUCUGCUAGAUAUGGCAGGAGUCUCUCUGCUGAAUUCUUAAACUAAUGACUGCAUCUUCAACACAUAAUAAUACUAAUAGUACAAACGAAGCUUAUUCUUGGUAGAAGAAGGUGGUGGACACUCCCUUCAUGUGCCCUUCCUGCUGAAUGAUUUAAGGAAUAAUAUCAUCAACUUUGGAAAACAUCAGACACCAUUCAAAUCUGAAGAAUGCCUACCUGCUUUGGGCCCAUAGCAUGGAACAGCAGGGGCAGUAGUGGUAUUGAGAUCUGAGGAACAGAAUAGAACAACAGUGGGUUUGGAAAGUCCUCAACCUUUCAUUUGGCUUUGCCCUCAUUUUGCGGUUUUAAACAACCACACACCAAAAAUAAAUACAUAAAGAAAAAAUCAAGGUCUUGCUAUAGAGACAUGAAAGGGCCUACAACUCACUGGGAGUCACUGCUUCUUAGCACAUUUGUCUGAGCAGUGUAUAGCAGAAGUUGGUAAAAUAUUUUAAAAUCUGAAGGUCUUUUGACCUAGUUCUCAUGAGUAAUAUCCAGAAAACAUGGAAACAUUGUAGUGGAAAACUACUUUGACUCCUUCAAGCUAUGUGGUUGAGGGAAUAAUUUGGUCCUAUGAAAGAGGAAAUAUAUAAGUACAGAGGCAAGGAGAGACUCAGGACCUGAUUCUGAUCUCAUUUAAAGGCACUUAAAUCCACAGGAACAUGUGUGAAAUUACUUCAUAUAUACAGUGGAGUAAUCAAGAUAAGUAGUUGGCUUUAUGUUGUAGCAGAUGCUUAUUUUACUGCAGUUAGUGUUUCUCUGCUAAUAAGGUUUACAAUCAAACUAAUACUGUAUUUUAUAAAAAUGAGAGUAAAAUUCAGUCAUUGACUGUAUGUUCGAUGUACUGACUGCUAGCUCAAUGGGUGAGAGAGCGCAAAUUUUGCUAAGCACCAUCACCAUGAGGCUAUAUGCCCAUGAGCCUUGAUUUUUUUAAAUUUUAUUAACCACAUUUCUUACAUCAAUGUGAAAUAGUUUACCUAAGAGAAAUGAGCCAUAACAAGAGCCCAUAAUUUGAGACAUUUCAAAGUAAUCUGGAGAAAGCACUAGAAAACAGGAGUGCAUACACACGCACUAUGUUGACUUAAAACAAGGUGACUUAACUAAGUCAACUUAAUGGUUGACUUAAUUUAAGCCAUGUUGGAGCAUGUACAUGUAUAGCUCCUCGACAUAGUGGCAGCCAUCUUGUGAGCUAAGUCAACUUAACUAAUGCGACUCAAGAUAAUACAACUUGAAGGUGCAUUAUCUUGCGCCACAUUUCAAUUGGACUCUGUUCCACAUACGUAUAUAUGCUGUGACAGUUAAGUUGAUUUAAAAAAGUUAAGUUGGUGUAACUGUCAGAAAGUUUGUACUGUACAUGUGUACACUCCCCAGAAGAACAAUUAUCCCCUUUCAGGGACUGGUGCAGAAGUCCUAAAUAAGGUGGGUAUUUUUUACCUUUAAAUUCUCUGAUAAUCCUUAUUGAGGGAUCCACUGUGAAUUGAUAUAAUUUAAACAUAAGUUAAAAGAAAACCCUGUCAAGCAGUCUGGGUGAUACAGAAAAGGAGUAUUCCAAAUGGCCGGAAGUUGUGCUUGGCAAAAAGCAAUGUAUUUUCCAAUGUCAGUAUAGGACUCAAAGGAAUGAAGUUAGAUUCCAAAAUGUGUACACUAUGUUCCUUGUGUAGUAUUGCUUGUCUAUAACUCUGAAAGGCUUUAAUAUAUAACUAUGCUGUUAAACUUUAUAAAUACAUUUAGGUAUGGCUUCACAUAUUUAUGCAUUAAACAAAACCCACAGGAAACAAAAAUUCUGAAUACAGGGGCUCAGAAUUACUAAUAUAUUUGAAUGUGAUAUUCUUGCCUGAAAAUUGUUGAAAAAUGUUUACUAUUACUCUACAAUAGAAGGAUAUUUUGAUGCUUUGUACACAUUUUUGUUACAGCUUUAGAAAUAAAGUGUCUGGCACCUAGAAACUGAAAUCUCCAGUUCUGCUCAUUCAAACUAAAAGUAUUAGUAUAAGUAUAUAACCAGUACUUGUAGAGUACUGACCUGAAAAGUUAGAGCUCUUAAGUGGGAUAUUAGUAGUUUAUAACGGAGAAAAGGUUAUUCUGCUACAGAUAAUCAAUGAAAGAAGGGAACUGUUUCACAGUAAGAAGAUGUAAAGCCAUCUGAAAUAAAAAUCAGCUAUGCUCUUGAUUUUCAUGGUUCUGAUUUUCAUUACACAUUACUUCGCCUGAAGUUCUGGUUUCUUCAGUCAUUUCCAGUAGCCAGAACUAAGAAAGGGCUUAGAUGCCUACAACAGAACUUAAGCAGAAUGGCGUGGGGGAGGUAGUGCAAGUUCCAGUUCUUGUUCCUAAAGUUAUUUGUGUUUCUUAACCAGAGAUUGUUGAAUACAUAAGUAAGGAUGGCAGCAGGAUCAUAACCCAGGACUCCCCAUCCCCAGGUGAAUGCCCAAGCCUGUGGAAAAGUGAGGAUGCCACAAGAUCCUUUUAAGGGUGCUGCAGGGUGCUACACAAUAUCAGCACUUUUAGGUGUACAAACACCUACACAUAAUUCACAAGAGAAACCCAGAGAUUUAAAAUAGGAAUCCAUAGUGUAAAAACCCUUCUGAUCUAUUGUAGCCUUUCUGAGUUGUUUGAAACAGAAGAAAGCUAUGCUAGCUUUCACUUGUUUUUUCACUACAGCAAAAAUAAGAGCUGGCAUUUUCCAAGGGGUGCUUGAGUCUAACAGGGUUGAGAAUGACUAACCUGUAGUCAGUAGACCUAUGCGAAUAGGGAAGAACUCGAUUCGGAUUUGGUCGAUUCGGAGGACAGUGAUGGGGGCCUCUGGGCACUCAUGGCAGAGCCCCCCUGUGCAGCGCGGGGCAGUGGGGGGCAGGGGAGAUGGCACCUGUGUGGCAGCUGCCCUAUGGCGCAGGUGCAGCGCAGCUUGGCAGGGUGCUGUGCGCUCUCUGAGAGCUGGGGCUGCGAGGCUCCAGCUGACUGCUGGAGCCGCCCCACCUCCCAGAUAGCGCACCCCACUGCACCUGUGCCAUGGGACAGCUGCUGUGUGGGUGCCAGGCAGAGGUGGGGGGGCAAUCCCCACUGCCCCCUACUGCCCUGUGCUGCACAGGUGGGCUCUGCCACGAGCCCUCAGAGGCCCUAAUCUCAACUGCUUUUUCCUUUUUUUUUAAAUUUGCUGGGAGGCUGAGCUGGGCCCGGGGAUGGGGCUGGGCAGGGAAGCCAUGGGGGCUUCUCCUGUCGGACCCCCAGCUGUGACUGCCUCUGCCCUGGUGGUGGGGGGGCCACGGGGACUAUGCCCUGCCACCGCUUGCCCAGCCAGUGGUGGGGGGUAGGGCACGAUGCAGCCGUGGCUCGCUCUGGGUGGCAGCAGGGCGUAGCCCCUACUCCCAGUGCUGUUGCGCCCACAUCCUGCGCCCCCCUCCCUGAAUCCAACAGCCCCCGCUCCCCGCCCCAGCUGGGCAGCUUGUCCCAGCCCCAAUCCCUGCCACCCCCACACCCUUCCCUCCCCAACAGACUUACCAGCUGGAGGCAGCUGUCAGCUGCCUGUUUAGUCUAUGGCCGAAUCUCCAAAGCAGCCAAAUCUUUUCCGAAGCUUUUCUGAAUUGAUUUGGAUGCUUCAAAUUGAUUCAGAGCUUUUAAUUGGUCUCCCAAUUUGAUUCAGAUUUGGAGAUUCAGCCCCCGAAUCAGGCCAAAUCUCCUCUGAAUCGAAUCAGCUACUGAAGCUCCGCACAGCCCUAGUAGUCAGACUCCCUCUUGCUUGCUGGCUGUCUGGCUCCAUCAAACUUGCACUCCUUUCUGCACAGCAGCACAGUUUCAGUGAGCUAUGCUGUUCGGUGUGGUUAAAGCACUCACUUGGGAAUUGGGAGAUACAAGUUUAACCCAGGAAAUGAGGGGGGUUCAGUGUUUGAGCUGCUAGAACACGAUAUAAAUGGUGGGCAGAAUUCCUACAAUUGUCUUAUUAAAGAAAACAGUGAGCCCUGUUCAGUUCUUUCAGAGUAAAAUGUUGGUUCUUACCCUCAGGAGAGGUUUAGUCUCUGUAUUUUCUGAAUUGCCCAUCCGAGGUACCUGCUUCUCCUGAUAUACUGUACAGGAAGCCUGGUGCUGGAUUCGACUCUGGGGCCCAGCACCUAAUAUCAGGCUUUGCACUGCCUAAGUUGGUAAGCACCAAAGUCCUUUAUCAAUUUUUACAAUUAUGCAAGUCAUUUUUCAGCUUUCACUGCAAACAAAACCCCAGUUAUAAAUUAACGCAUAAAAUGAUUUACAAAAAAUUGAUUUGUAUUGUGCAUCAUUUUGUAUAGACAAUUGAAGACGUAGUUUCCAAAAAACAAACCAGAGUGUCUAGAAUAUAUAUAAGAGCACAGAAAAUGUGUUGUUUUAUGAAGUGUUUCUAAACAGAUUUUUCUUAGAAUAUGAAGAGUACUUAAUUAUGUAAUGGAAUAUGUAUGUUUAUGAAAUUGUGGAGGUCAUCUUAAAUCAUGCAGACUUUUAGGUUGCUACUGUUCAGCUUUGUCUCGCAGAUUAAAAAGAGAACUAUAUCUCUUAGGUGUUUUUAAGUUGCAUUACAAUAAUAUAUUAAUUUGAAUAGGUAAGUGAAUAUUAAGUAAGAUUCCAUUACAAAUAAAUUUGUCUUUCUACAGCUAGCUUAUGUGUAGAUCAUUUGCUUUUUCCUUUAUUUUAGUGUUAUUAAUACAGUUAUCAGUGUGUUGACAAUAGAGUUUCUUUACUCUUUACAGAAACAAAGCUAAAGCAUCUUUAUAUCAGAGGUAGCCUUAAAUCAGAGAGCCUCAUAGAAAAGGAUUAGGGUCUUCUGAUUUCUGAAAAUGUUUGUUAUAUUAUUUUCAGUGGACUGAUGAUUUUCACAGUGAGUCUUUCUAUAAAUACUGAACUGUACAUGUAUAUGAAGAUGAGCAUUUCUUUAAACUGGUAACAUUAUUUUAUUAAAAAACACCUGCAAUUUAUUUUUAGUUUUAUAUAAGCAUUUGGUGCAGUAUUCUCUAUACCUAACACACUGUUUCAAAAACUAUAAAAGAACAGUUGGUUCAUUCUCAACCAUUUCCCUCACCCCCACACUGAAGUGAUUGACGUGUGUAAGUUAUAGAAUAAUAUUUUUCAGGACAGGUUCUCAAAUAUUGAAUGAGACACAACAUCAAGAUAAACAUAGAACAUUUGAAACAAAAACUAGGGACAAAUAGGAAUUCAGCAAACCUAGAAACAUCAUCACCAUGGUACUCAAAGAAUUUUGUUCAUGCAAAAUUCAGCCACCGUAAAUGAAUACCAAGCUGCUGUUGUUCCUCUUGAAAACCCCCUAUUAUUUCACCCCACCCCCCAGAUGGUCACCUAUCACCCCACACUGGAACCAAAUCAGAAGAAUCACCAAACAACUACAGCCUAUACUGGACAAAGAUCAGAUGUUGAGAGAAAUAUUACCAGCCCCUCCACUCCUGGCUUUCAAACACCCCCCCCCCCCCAACCUUGCCAACUCAUCAGCAGAAGCGUACCCUGUUUUGCCCAAUAGACAGCAAGUGAAACACACAGCCUUGCCUUGGCAAAAAAUAUCUUCACCUGUCAGCACAUCUCCACUGCCAGUACUAUCAGCAGCCCCCCAUAAAGAAACCAUCAGUAUCCGUGGUUUCUAUACAUUUCUUUCCCUAAAGGUGAUAUACCCGAUCCAAUGCACCAAAUGCCCUCGUGACAACUGGGUGAGUGAAACUGAACAGCAACUACACAAGAGAAUGAACUCUCACAGAAAAAAAAUAUAAAGGAUGGAGACAUACGCUUACCAUUGGGAGCAAAUUUUUCACAGAACUACUCUCUUUCUGACUUCACUAUCCUUGUACUCAAGAGACAUCUCAACACUUUUAGAAGGAAAACUUGGAAACAAAAAUUCCUAAGCUAGCUGGACACUGUGAAACUGUGAACUAAGGACUAAACACCAAUAUUGGAUUUCUGGCCCAUUAUAAUUUAUCUAACUCCUGAAUUCUUUCCACACAAGGAAAGUGAAGUCAGUCCUCCACUGCCCCCUCCCCCACAUUUCCCUUCCUUUGAUAGGCCUUGAUCUCCCAGUAAUCAACUUCUUUUCUUUUGCUAAUUGCGUGUCUGCUACAUCUGAGCAUUUCUCUCAGCCUACCUCCCCUAUGCUGUGCUUCACUUUCUGUGCUUAGUUUACUAUAAUCAGAGGAAGAAUAUCUUACAUUCUACAGCUUGUCUCACUUUAACUCAGCUGGUCCAAUAAAAGAUACCAGAAAUCCUUGCCUCUUGCAUUCUAGGUCUUGACACUGGCAAAGCCUAAUUACGAAUCAAAUCUUGAACUCAAACCCUGUGAGGUGCCCAGGGUAUCCUAAAAGCAGUCUAUUCUGGCUGGAGUCAUUAGUAGAGGGCAUCCAGCAACUUGCACUAUUGGGCCCACAAUAUAUUUCUCUUAGUGCCCUACAGUAAACCAGUAGACACCCUACCACAUGCUCUGCAUAUAUGGAAUAUUACCAUCUCCUUUGAUGUCAGACUGCUCCAGCAAGAAUAUGUAAUGUCUUUAAUGCAGAUCACAUGACAGAGGGAUGUAAUUUUCUUUUUGCCCAAUUGUCUAGAAGUCAGAUUAAAAAACCCAGAAAAAUAGGUGACUGUGGUUACCUUGCCCUCUCCAAGAUUAGAUUCUAUACUGGUUGGCUGCUUUAAACAGCUAGGUGCAGGUUUUCUGUGGAUUGAUUUUUAAGCUUGAAGCUGAGAAAAAUAUCCUUGUGGCAGAGAUCGCAUUUUAAGUCUUAUGAACACAGCAGAGUCCAAUGAAUAUAUAAAAACCUAUUAACGUGAGAGGCUACAUUCUAUUGCAUUUAUUAAAUUCUCAAGUAGGCUUAGAUGUCUAAGUGUGAUGCUAUUCUACCCCACUCCAGUCUCUGGAAAGUUAACAGAAAAAGGUGUAUGGGUCUGAUUGCUAGUUGUUUGCAAUUAAGUCUCAAGGGUAAGAUGACAGUGUGUUAUAGAAGCAAGUGCAUUUAUCUUUAUGCAGACUCAAGUAGCAUGGAAUAUGAUAGAGGCAAGGAUUUUUGUGGCUGGUAUCUUAUUGGACCAACUGUUUGGGAUCAACUGAGAUAAGCUUUCUUCAGGUCUUAAGAAGGACGCUCUACAUCCAAAAGCUUGUCUCAGGCUCUUCCAAACAUGCCAUUGGUCCAACAAAAGAUAUCAUGCACAACAAUCCUUGCCCCUCACAUUGUUGCUGAACCAUAAUGGCUAUAAUGUCACUUCAGCUACCAAAACAUGUACUAUGAUCGUACUUAGGCACCCAGUAUGUGGUAUAGGAUCUGAUCCAAGGUUCAUGUCUUGAUUAAUGCUUGUAUUCUUUCAGGGGAGAGGAAGGGAUAGGGCAGUUUUCAUCGUGUGAAGAAUCUUUGGCUGUCCCAUAGUUUUCAGGUGAACCCUGCUGCACCAGGGAUAAAAAAACAGCAGCCUUUCUGGGUCUGAAAACACAAGUCUCUGUCAUUUUGACUAACCUCAUCAGACAUCAUGAAGCAAGAUUUAUUUGUUGAUACUGUAUUUAUGACAUCUCCCACCCCCAGAUAAAACUUGUGCUGUUUUUAGAAGGUGGACCAAAGAAGGAAAGACUUAUCUGGCCAGCAAUGAAAACACAGGCAGCUGCAGUAGAGGGUGGUGAUAACCUGUGACUGCCUGUGGACAGUUCCUCCCUCUGCAGCAUCCAUGGCACCAAGCUGCCUGAACUGUAGUUGAGGGUGUCCCUUCAGUAUGUGCAAGGUUACUUUCCCUUCUUCUCAUUUCACUUUGUUAAUGUAAGCGACACCAUCAAAUGUCAGACUGGGGCAGACCCUGCUGCUGAAUCAAACUGUUAUCUCUUUCCCCUGUGCAGAUGCUCCUGCUGCAAAGGGUAGCAGCAGCUAACAUCUAGACCACUACUGUACAAAUACUGUAGCAAACAUUUCUGCCCAGAAGAGGGUAGUGUUGCACACACCGUCUAGCCACCUCAUUUCAGCACUUAAAUCAAUGAGUUCCUUGUGAAUAGGUUAGCAGGAGUGCUGUGAAUUUCCAUGGUGUGCACAAUUUUGGAUGAAUAAAGCCCACUAUGCUAAUAAUUUCUUCACGCAUUAAUAGGAUUUCUCUCUCUCUCACACACACAAGAAAUCCAUGGUCAAGCCGUUUUGUCAUCUGAAGGUUGUAUUUUUAAUAUGUUAUGAGCUUGGUACUGCAGCUCUGUCCAUGCAUCCAGAGACACAUAACCACAGGAUUAUGUUGUAUGGGUAGGCAUAGCAAAGCAGGCUGAUCACAUUGGUUUAAAAAGAAAUGCUUUGUUUUCAUGAUUUAAAAAGGAAUAUGGCCCAAAUAAAACAUAGAGUGAAAUAGUAAUUGAUAAUAAUUCAUGAUUUUCUUGCUAUUGUUUUCUUGUUAUUACAUGGAUUAAAAAAAUCUAUUUUCUUAUAUUUUUAAUUGGUUCUGUUAUUUUCUCAUCACAAGGAAAAAUGAUAAGUGAGAUUAUGACGUGAUACCAGCUAAAGAUCUGCCAAGCAUAUCUUGAAAAGAAAUGAUUGAGUGUUCAUACUGAUAAGUAUUUGAAAACUAAAAUAAUGUAUAGGUGUGAAAUAUAAUUUGAAGUAAGGAACCAUGUUUGCAGAUAAAAUCACAGGUAAAACUUCAAGGACAUGUUGUGCGACACUGGCAUGUGGGUUUACUGAGAUUGUUCAUCUGUUUUGAAUAUGAUUAAAGGCCAUAGGAACAUGAUAUAAACUUUAGUCAAAUGACUAAAAUUACAAUAUUUGUGACUGUGGCUUUUUAGAAUCCUUUGUUCUUUACAAAUUGAAUAGUGAGCAAUUUUAUAGAACAUUAAUUUUAUAUAUUGUUUGCAUAUCUGUAAAGAAACAUUCUGUAUGAUAUUUGAAAGGUGAAUAAAUUUUUGCUUCCUUAACAAUCUGAA